AUAAAAUCAUAUUCAUUGUGUUGACAUGGUAAAAAGAGUAUAUUUCGAGGUUCAUGGAUUCGUCCAAGGCGUGGGCUUCCGCUACUUUACGAGAAAGAAGGCUCAUGAGUAUGGCGUAACUGGGUGGUGCCGCAACACUAUUGAUGAUACGGUCGAGGGCGAAGCUCAGGGAGAUGACGACAUCAUGCAAAAGUUCUUCAAGGCCAUUGGCCAAGGCCCAAGCCAUGCCACAGUCGACAAGGUUGUGACAGAGGACCGUGAUGUGGUGGAACGAGAUGGUACCUUUGAAGUCCGGCGAUAAAUUAAGAAGUGCUUUGUAGUAACCCAUGCCUUGAAACCCACGCCAUGCCUAACAAAUAUAUACAAAAUAACCGAAUUAUACAAUUAUUUCCAAAGUCUAGAAUCCUCUCCCUCGUCUCUUUAUUACGGGCUUCCUUACCGCGCCUUGAGUGAUAAUCUUCUUCUCGUCUGCAUUGUCAACCUUUUUCUUAAGCGACCGCUCUGCCUCUGCCUGUUUACGCUCUUCAUCAAGACGCUUAUCCU